UUGAUUGUUGAUCUCUGCUAGCGUAGAACGGUUAUUGGAAAUCUCUAGUUGUAGAAGACUUUCUACUCAGUGUUAUAAAUUGCAAAGUCUUGCACUUGGCUGAUAGAAAAUAUGGAGUGUUCGUGGCGCUUUAUCUAUUGGAAUAUUAACGUUAUCAUACCACAUCGGCUUUACUAGUUUUCACUUUUAGUACAGGAAAAGGAUCAUUAUAAGCACAUGAAAAAAAGCGAAACGUGGUGAGAGAAAGUACAAGAGGAAUAAUGAAAUGGAUCUAGCUGAGUUACGUCUUUUAAUUUAAUAACGUGCUGUGUAGGAAGAAAUGAUGUGGAUACAGGAUAUUGCAUUGAAAGUGAUUAAGCAAUUAUUACAGACGACAUUGCAUUAAAAUAUCGGAUGUUUAGUUGAUAUUCUCAAGAAAUUCCUGAAAAUGGGUGCUUCAGAACAAAUCGAAUCAAAAGUCCUAACAAGAAGUCCGUCAAAAACUAGAUCUUCUUUUUGUUGUUGUUGUUGUAGACGUGAUCCGCCGGCGGAAGUGCACGAGGAUAGGAACGGUAUACGUUUAGCAUUGUAUAAUGAAGCGUUAACCUCAAACGAGGGCGAUCAUAAUAUUCCUAAAUUACAAACAUUCCAACAAGAUCUUACGGGAGCCGAGAAAGGCGAAGGUCUGACCAAGAAGAAAAAGUGUGCAAAAAAAUGCUUAAAAUGUUGCAAAAAAUUCACAACAUUUCUAUUUUCAAACAUAGGACUUUGUUCCGCAGUAGUUGCAUAUUCAAUACUUGGUGGAUUUAUAUUUCAAAAUUUAGAAGCUCCUAACGAAAUUCUAAAACGACACAAAGUAACAAGUGACAGAAAAUCCUUAGCAACUGAAUUAUGGGAUCUUGUGGAUAAGCAGGAUGUAAUAUUCUUUGAAGAAAAUUUUACGCACGCUGCAGAAUUGAUUUUAAUUAAAUAUCAAAAGGUUGUACUAGAAGCUAAAAAGAACGGAUGGGAUGGCGCCGAGGGUGAUGAUGACGUGGUACCUCCGCAGUGGUCUUACGCUGGUUCUUUGCUCUAUGCUGUUACUGUGAUAACAACCAUAGGUUAUGGUCAUAUAGCUCCAAAGACGUUCAACGGCCAACUUGUGACGAUAUUUUACGCUCUUUUCGGAAUACCUCUUACAUUACUGUGUCUGGCAAACAUGGGCUCGUUCCUCGGAAAUUGUUUUCGUCUACUAUAUAAGCAUUUGUGUCGUUUAUUAACGUGGAUGUGUUGUCCGCCACAGGAAAGUUUUUCUAAAAGUAAAAGUAUGUCUUUAUCAAACUCGAAAAACAAAAUUCUUCAAGAGAGUGAUCCUCUACAAGGGAAACGUGAGGAUUCAGGAGGCGUUAACACUUUACAAGUUCUUCCUGCUAAUUCUGGAAAACAGAAAGGUUCUGGUAAACGAAGUAAGUCUAGAAGCCGCAGUACAAGUCCUUCAAGAAGUGAAAUAAAUAUUGUUGUUGAAGAUUUUGACGAACCAAAGACCAAAGAAACGAUCAAAACCGAACAAAUUCGAGUUCCAGUAUUUGUUAGUUUAAUGAUUAUAGCUUUAUAUGUCCUGGGAGGAGCUUUAAUGUUUUCAAUGUGGGAAGAUUGGAACUAUUUAGAAGGUUCUUAUUUUUGCUUUAUAACAUUGAGUACAAUUGGUUUCGGAGAUUACGUUCCUGGAUCAAUCAGCGGUGCAGACUCCGCGGACAAUAAAGAACGUCUAAUCAUAUGUUGUUGUUACCUAAUGUUUGGGCUGUCUAUAUUGGCGAUGUGCUUUAAUCUUAUGCAAGAGGAUGUGAGAGCAAAGUUUGUAUGGCUGGCAGUUAAAAUAGGUUUACUUGACGCUCAAUAACAGCGUCAAGUGUACAACAAUAAAUUUCUUUAAUGUGGAGUGUAAAUGGAGUUAUUGUUAAAAUUGUGAUUAUAACGGGUUUUUGAAUUUAGAUGGAUGUGAUCACAUCCCUUAUUUUUCGUUUUAAUUAUUCAAAGUAAUAGGUGAUAUGUUUUCUUUAUUUCUUUAUAAAAAAAUUGUUUAUUCUCGUUUAAUUAACUUUGACUUAUACAGAAGCUAUACAUCUUAUUAGUAAGUCAAAACAUACAGCAAUAAUGAGACUUUUUUGUGUGAAGAAAACGCAUUUAUCAUUUGUCUUAUAUGUAAACUUGUUUUUGAUAUUAAUUACACAAUUUCAUGCAAAUAUACUUACGUCUAUCGUCAACGAAAUAGGCCCAUUUGUCAAUAUUUUGCCCUUUCCGACACAGAGCCUUGAACGUUUUACAGACCCUUAUCUUUUAUUGAAAUUAAAUGAAAUAGCAAAUAUAAACAUGGCAGACUAUUCGAAAACGAGUUCGCUUCCCGUUGAAAUGUUGUUUUAUUCAUUUCUUAAACGAUGCAAUGUAAAUUUAAAUGAAUUAUGUUCAUCACUUUUCAUUUUGAUAUUAAACAUAAUUAU